CACCGGAACCCUACCUUUGAGAACCCCUUCUCCGCCACUAUCCAAAGCACUGCCCUGCGCCACUACUAACUAGAGGAAGCUCUCAAUUGUUCCCCGUGCUAUUGCUCUCUAGCUUAGUAGUGGUUGCUAUCGUGCUUACCGCCGCCGCCGACUGCUCCCAAACCCUAGCCCUGAUGCCGCAGCAGGAGGUGCCCGACCAGAUCGCCGCCGGAUGGAUCGCGGUGGAGGCGCCGGAGCGGCCGGGGGGGCUGCAGAGGAGCGGCUCCAACAGCCGCCUCAACGCGCAGGCGCGGGAGUUCGUGCCGCGGAUCGCGGCCGUGGCGCCACCGCCGCCGCAGGCCGUGAUCCGCGUGUUCGCCGCGCCCCCGCCGCCGCCUCGCGCGGCUUUCUUUGCGCCGCCCCCGCCUCCCAUGCCGUUCGAGUUCUUCGCGCCGGUGAGGGUCGGCGGUGGGUUUGCCGCUGAGGAGCCGGAGCCGGAACCAGAGCGUGCGGCGGCGGAGCCGGCCAUGGACGGGCUUACCGAUGAGAAGGUGCAGAAGAUCACUAAGCAGGUGGAGUACUACUUCAGUGAUAUAAACCUUGCUACCACGGAACAUCUGAUGAGAUUUAUUAGCAAGGAUCCUCAAGGAUAUGUGCCAAUAUCAGUUAUUGCUGGCUUCAAGAAAAUAAAAGCUUUAGUGCAUAAUAACUCAAUGCUUGCUGCAGCUCUCCGGACUUCAUCAAAACUUGUUGUAAGUGAUGAUGGAAAGAGAAUAAAACGUCGGCAGCCAUUUACCGAAUCUGAUAUGCAGGAUUUCCAGUCCCGGAUUGUUGUCGCAGAAAAUCUUCCAGGUGAUCCUUCUUACCAGAAUCUUAUGAAGAUCUUUUCAGUUGUUGGCAGUGUGAGGGCAAUUCGUACUUGCUAUCCUCAGACUCCAAAUGGCACUGGUCCUGCUACUAAUAGAUCUGCCAAGCUAGAUAUGCUCUUUGCCAACAAGCUGCAUGCUUUUGUGGAGUACGAGACUCGUGAGGAUGCUGAGAAGGCAAGUCUGGAGCUCAAUGACGAAAGGAACUGGAGAAAUGGGCUUAGAGUUCGGCUGCUGAAUGCUUGCAUGACAAAGGGGCCAGGAAAAGGGAAAAAAGGAGGAUCAGAAGGGGAUGGAAAUGGUGAGGAGGAGGAUGUCUCCACUUCAAACCAAUCAAAUGAGAGACAACUUGAAGGAUCCUUUCAACUGGCAGAUGUAUUGCCUGAGCACUUGUUUGAUGAGAACUCCAAUGACAAAGAAGGUCCCAAACGUGGCAAAGGCCGUGGGCGUGGUGGCAGAGGGCGAGGGCGUGGCAACUAUCACCAAGGUAUCAACUACCAUCAACACAACAACAAUCAGUACCACAAUCACAAUGGCAGCAACCAUCAUCAAGGUAGCAACCGCAAUGGCAACCAUCCAGUCGGGACGCCGCCGAACAACCAGCUGGUCAAGCCUGAGCAGCAGCACCAGCAACAGCAAGCUGUGGCCAACAAGCUACCUCCAGGCCCGCGAAUGCCUGAUGGUACCCGUGGUUUCGCCAUGGGCAGAGGGAAGCCACAGCCAUUGCUUGCAGGUUUGUGCGCCGUGGAGCCUUGAAGCCAUUGCCAUGCUCAUGUUGAUGGGAAGAUAGUGUGAAGUCAAUUGGUCAAACCCUAUUGUUGCUUGAUGGACGUGUGCUCUGGUAUUUUGGAUUGCUCGUUGUGAACUAUGGUCAGUGUGCUGUAAUUCAGAACAUCUUAUCGAGUUCUGUUAUUUUCAGGUGUACUAUUUGGUUGAGCAAAGUAUUGUGGAAGAAAAAGAUCUUACAAAGUAACAGAGUGAAAUUAUAAUGAUGUUGUCUUAAAA